GAACACUCUUCAUCCUCUUCAUCUAAUCAUAACCUCCCCAAAACAUUCUCAUCAUCAUAAAUACCAAAAAUCUCACCUUUUCACCCUUUCAGUAUCAAAUUGUGAAGCGACCGACCAAACCAAGCGAAAAAAGGCCUAACCAGAUUUGAAAUUUACGAUGGAAAUGUUAAAUCAGAAACAGAAGAAUUUGCUAACCGAGCUGUUUCAUGGACUAAAGGCGGCAAAGCAGCUUCAAGCUCAGCUCGGAGCAGUUCCUUCGGCGCCACCUUCGUUGUCGUCUUCUUCUUCUUCAUGUCUCACAACGGAGAUGAAGGAGACUCUCUUACAUGAGAUUGUUUCUUCCUACGAGAAAGCUAUUUUGAUGGUUAAUGGAUCCAUACAAGACAAUCCAACGACGGAGCCGGUGGAGCUUGCGGCAAAUUUAGUAGCUACUUCCGGUAAAGUACUAGAAUCUCCGACGUCUAUUUCCGGAAGUCCGAGAAGCCAAGAGUUUCUUGAUGGGGAAUCGAAAGAUUACUACUUAAGUUAUAAAAAGAGGAAGAUGUUGCCAAAGUGGACAGAGCAAGUUAGAAUUAGCCCAGAGAGAGGCUUAGAAGGACCUCAUGAUGAUGUCUUUAGUUGGAGAAAAUAUGGCCGAAAAGACAUUUUGGGCGCUAAAUAUCCAAGGAGUUAUUACAGAUGCACAUUUCGCAACACACAGAAUUGUUGGGCGACCAAACAAGUCCAAAGAUCGGACGGUGAUCCGACGAUCUUCGAAGUGACGUACAAAGGAACACACACUUGCUCACAGAGGAUCCCGCCUCCGGAGAAGCGAGAAAAUAAGCCCAACCCCACAGUCAAAAAUUACCAUAAUGAUCUUCUCGACAAUCUCAGAACCAAUCUUACUGUCCGUACCAACGGGAUCGAAGGCGACGGCUUCUCAUUCCCCGUUACGCCGCCGUUUUACUCUUACGACUCCAUCAACGGAGAUCCCGGCAACGGCGGUGGAACGUUUUCCCACGUGGGAAAUUCUGGACCGUCGGAUUUUACGGGAUUGAUCUCCACAAAUACCUCCACAGGAAGCUCUCCCGUUUUCGAUGUGGAUUUUCAGUUCGAUCCAACGGCCGAGAUUAACACAUGUUUCCACACGUUUUUCCACGAUUCGAUUUAAGUAAGUUGGUGAUUUGAAGCUCGAUUCUUAGUGAGUAUCAAGUUUGAUUUAACUAAAGAAUAACUCCGGCAACC